UCCUGCCUAAACCAAAAACUCUCUCUCUCUCUCUCUCUCACAAAAAAAAAAUGUCCAUAAUAACAGUAGUCGCAACUUGUCUCUGGUUCUUGCUGGUGUCUAGCUUCACAGGCGCAAACGAGGCCAACGUAAAUUGCCUGAAGAGCAUAAUAUCACAAGUUGAGGAUCCCAAUGGAUACUUGUCCAACUGGCAAUUUCGCAACCAGACUGUUGGUUUUAUCUGCAAGUUCUGUGGUGUGACUUGUUGGCAUGAUGAUGAGAAUAGGGUUCUGAGCAUUAGGCUCCCCGGUUAUGGUCUCAAAGGAGAGUUUCCUCUUGGGAUUGAACUAUGUCAAGAUCUGACAGGUGAAAUGCCAGUCGGUUUAUCAAAUAUUUCCUUUCUGAACUCUCUUCUGCUUCAGCAAAACCAGUUCACUGGUCGGCUUCCUCCCCAGCUAGGGUCACUUACGCGGCUCACCAAGUUCUCAGUGGCAGACAAUCUACUCACCGGUCCUGUCCCAAUUUUCAGCGAAACCACCUCGAGAAUUGGAGUCGAGAGCUUUGCUAAUAACCCGAGUUUGUGUGGUCAGCCUCUUGAAGCUUGUGUUGACCGGUCAGGGGAAAUGAUCCGGUUAGGGAAGAUCGGUGCAGCAAUUGGUGCGGCUCUAUUUGCACCAGUAGGUGCAGGCUUAGGCUGGUUCUUCCUCAAUGGUAGGAAGGGGAGAAAACAACGAAGCUGGAUUUACCACAUUGGGGACUGAAAUAAAUGUUUUCAUUAAUGUCUUAACCACUUACAUUUCUGCACCUUAAUAUGAUACAACGUAUAAUGAAAGAAUAUUUAUCUGCAACAGUAUUAAUGAAUAAUUGUACCUACGCCUAAAGAUAUUCGAGAAAACUAUGAUUUGUAGCAUGGUUAGUUCGCAGUUUGAACUUGAUUUU